AUGAAAAUUACAUCUGCUGCUGCCGCCCUUUUCGGGCUUGCCCUCAGCAGCCCUGCGCCACCACCCGCUGGGGAAAAGCAACCUUGGCUCGAGACAGACUGGGACAUCGUAACCAGAUUCCCGCCCGAGGAUCUAUGGAAACAGCCGGAGAACGUCCAAGGCACCUGGCUCUACUGCUCGCGCUUCGACCACCCCCUCGAGUAUCGGCCGGUUGGGGACUACACGAGCGCCGCAGACUGCAGAGCCAAGCACUACAAGGCUUCCUGGCGUCCGGGAAAUCCUCUCUUACCGUGCGACAGAGCCACUGGCUACAUCCUCGAGAAUUGCGGCAAAUAUGCGUACUGUAAGCAGUACGACGUGGAGGGAGAUAAGCCUGUGCCCGCGUUGUUCGACAAUUCAGAGCUGUGUAACAACUUUUACGAAUCGGGGCCGAUCACGGAGGACAGUUAA